AUGGCGUCGUCGACUCCCUCAGAAGACUCGAGCAGUCCGCUGCAGUCGCCCUCAUCCAUAGCCUCUCCCCCAGAGUCCCCAGACUCGACCCGUCCACCAAUGUCGCCUCACUCCGUUUCUUCACCCCCACCUUCCUCGGCCGCCAACAUGACCCAGUCGUCCACGCCGCUUGGUAAUGUCAAUGCUGCUAGACGCCCUGCUCCUACCGUCAGCACUCUCGGUCGUGGAGGUGCUGUCAACNCGNACAUCCUUGCCAGAAUGAAGGCCUUCCACUUGAACAGACAAGGUGCUCCUGCUGCAGGUCGCAACCCUCCAAGUACUCCUGCUGCUGCCACUCCUGGUCCUGGCGGUCCAUCCCCGACCGGUCCUCAGAUGCCCGGUGGUCUUCCCGCUAACUUCCGUAUGCCACCCGGUGUUCCUGGCAGUCGCCCUGGUCCUCCAAGCUUUGCUUCAUCUCCCAAUGUCGGCGCCGGCAGAGGUCCCUCACUUGCCGAGAAGCGUGGUCUCAAAAUGCCUGGCGGUCUUCCUGGCGCUCCCCCAGCCGCUGGCGGCAGACAAAAACCUAAGAUGACUUUGUCUGGCAUGGGUGGUGGUGCCAAUGGCGACUCCGCUCCUCCCAAGCAAGAAUCUGCCAUGGAUCGAUACGCUGAAUACAUUGACAAAGAAACGGGCAGUCUGAAAUUCAAGGGCAAAGCCGUCCUCAACAGCAAAGGAGUCCAGUUCUCGUCAGGUCAAUCAUUCCAGAUUUCGCUGGACGAAGUCGACACCCUUGACGAGUUGGGCAAAGGAAACUACGGUACAGUCUACAAGGUUCGUCAUUCAAGACCACAAAUGCGCAAGGUCGGCCAAGGUUUGGCAGGCAACAAGGCUGGACCCGGCGAGACAAGAGAUGAGACAGCCGCUCCUCGCGGCAACACAACAGGCAUAGUCAUGGCCAUGAAGGAGAUGCGUCUCGAGCUCGAAGACUCAAAGUUCGCUACCAUCAUCAUGGAACUCGAUGUCCUGCACCGUUGCGCUUCCCNNCCCUUCAUCGUCGACUUUUACGGUGCCUUCUUCCAAGAAGGAGCCGUCUACAUCUGUAUGGAGUUUAUGGACGGUGGUUCCAUGGACAAGUUGUACGGCGAUGGUGUGCCCGAAAAUGUCCUCCGCAAGGUCACUCUUGCGACAACGCGUGGUCUCAAGUCUCUCAAGGAUGAACAUAACAUCAUUCAUCGCGACGUCAAGCCAACCAACAUCUUGGUAAACACGGCUGGUGCUAUCAAGAUUUGCGACUUUGGUGUCAGUGGAAACCUCGUUGCUUCGAUUGCAAAGACAAAUAUUGGAUGUCAGUCAUACAUGGCUCCUGAACGUAUCAGUUCUGGCGGAGUCGCUCAAGCCGGUGCCAACCCUGGUGGCGGUACCUACAGCGUACAGAGUGAUAUCUGGAGUUUGGGUUUAACCAUCAUCGAGUGCGCCAUGGGCAGAUACCCCUACCCACCCGAGACAUACGACAACAUCUUCAGUCAAUUGAGUGUGAGUAUUGAACAUUCUGUUCCCUGGUAUCAACUGCUGACAUUCAUAUCAGNNGCCAUUGUAGACGGAGAGCCGCCAGAUCUUCCUACCGGCGAGUUCAGCGACGCAGCGCGCAACUUUGUUGCAGGCUGUCUGAACAAGAUUCCCAAGCUUCGACCCACAUACGCCAUGCUUCUUCAACACGCAUGGCUCGCUCCAUUGAUGAAACCCGACGUUAUUUCGGAAGAAGACGAAGAAGCUGCCGAAGGCGAGGAGGCUGAUGUAGCACAAGGAGAAGGCAUUGGUGCAUCCGAGAGCGAUGUCGAUGCAGCAUCCAAAGCACAACAACUUGGAGACUCUGAGAAGUGGGUCGACCGUGAAGUUGGUGAAUGGGUGCGCGGACAGAUCGAGAAGAAGAGGAACGGCACAUUGGGCAAGAAGGCAAAGCCUGCACUCCACGCUGCUCCACUCGAUGCCACAUCCAGCACCAAGUCCAACAAAGGUGCAGUGGCAGUAUAG